AUGAAUAUUGUGAAAUUAAUGCAAAUGGCUUCUGUCCAACAACAAUGUCUUAACAUCCCGUUAAGUCAAGUCGAAAACCUCGAACUGGAAUUUAUCAAGGUAUUUCCUCAAUUUUUGGACCUUCAUUCCAAAAAUCAAGAUAAUAAGCAAACACUGGAAAUGGUUUUAUACAAUCAUGUUAUGCCUGUGGCUCUUGAAUUAAUCCAUGCAAAAUUUGAAAAACCAACCACAAAAACUAAAGCUCAAGCGUACAUUGAAGCAAGAAGCAGGUACCUUAAAGAAAGAAUGAAGAACCUUAGGUGGAUCACAUGA